AUGCUGGCCCUAUGUAACCGUUCAGAAAUUUCAUUUCUGGGUGAUCGAGGAGAAUUUCGGAGUUCAAUACUGCGAUUGAAAUGGGCUUCACAAUCUAAAUUUCGAGUCAUCAUAGCGGGAGAGAACAGCAACGCCUGAAAUGCUGUUUCCGUUUGCACGGGGAAGUGAGUGGGAACGGGAGCUGUGACCAGAAAGAAAGCUAGAGGGUAACCGUUGUGCGGCCAUAGAUACGAUAGGAGGAUGGAAUUGAGGAGGACAAGCGGAGGAGACACAAGGUGCACAAGUGACAGCCACAGGACGACUGGAGGAAAAGGCGAUAGGAGAAUCAUGAGAAGGAAAUAUAUUCACUUUGUCUUUAGAAUUGGACCGGUAACCAUUAAAUUCAGCUCUGGUACGAGGAGGGGUGCUAGAGAAGGCGAAUGGGUAGGGUUCGUUGUCAACAAUAGAUUCAACACAGGAAAGAUCCGGGGAUCCUUUAGGGAGAAGACUUUCAGAUAG